AUGGAGUUUGGAAGGAAGAGAACAAUACGUGUUUUUGGGAGGCGAGUAGGUGAAGAGAAGGAAUUUGGAGAGGCGAUAGGGUCUCAUAGCAGUGGGUUACCUACUAUGGGAUGUAAGGAAAAAUUUUCAACGAAAGAGGUUGAAGGUAGUCAAUUGACCCGGGUCUCUACUCCUCAGGGUGUUGAUAGGCAGCUUUCUUCAAGCCUGAAUCCUUUAGUAUCAGUUAUCCAUCUCAAUCCUCUUUCAGUAGUGCACAAAGCUGUGGACACUUGUGGUUCCAGCUACAGGAAUGGUUCAUCGGUGGAAGAUCUUUCUAGGGAACCACAAGUAGAACGUGAACUUCUGCUCAUAAAGCUUAAUGCAGAUCCAACCACACGAGCCGAGAUCAUGUUAUUAGUAGAUAUCUUCAGAGCAAAAAUCGUGGAUAUUUCAGAACACUCGUUGACUAUUGAGGUUACUGGAGACCCAGGGAAGAUGGUUGCCGUGCUGAGAAAUAUGAGCAAGUUUGGGAUAAAAGAACUUGCAAGAACUGGAAAGAUUGCUUUGAGACGGGAGAAGAUGGGUGAGACAGCUCCUUUUUGGAGAUUUUCUGCAGCUUCUUAUCCAGAUCUUGAGGGGACAAACCCAGUUGGUUCUCUUAUGGCGAGUACUGCUCGACCUUCUAGUGGCAACCCCAGUACAACUGCAAGGGGUGAUGUUUAUCCUGUGGAGCCUGAUGAUGACUUCUCAAUGAAUCAAGUUCUCGAUGCCCAUUGGGGGGUUCUCUAUGAUGAAGAUUCAAGUGGGCUUCGGUCACACACUUUACAAAUGCUUGUCAAUGACUCCCCUGGAGUCCUCAAUGUAGUCACCGGGGUUAUAUCUCGAAGGGGUUAUAACAUUCAGAGUCUAGCAGUGGGUCCUGCGGAAACAGAGGGGCUUUCUCGCAUUACAACUGUGGUUCCUGGAACUGAUGAAUCUAUUGGCAAGUUGGUUCAGCAAUUUCAGAAAUUGGUGGAUCUUCAUAAGGUUCAGGAUAUCACCCACUUGCCAUUUGUGGAGCGGGAGCUGAUGUUAAUAAAGGUUGCUGUUAAUGCUCCUGCUAGGAGGGAUGUCCUUGAUAUUGCCAAUAUUUUUCGGGCCAAGCCUGUUGAUGUGUCUGACCAUACAAUAACGUUAGAGCUCACAGGACACAUUAAUAAGAUGGUUGCAUUGCAGAACUUACUGGAGCCUUAUGGCAUUUGUGAGAUGGCUUAUUCGAAUGAAGUGUUAAACCUUGGUUCAAGCUGUUCAGUUCUUUUGUUGUCGUGCGUAUUUGAAUGUGGCAAGGACCGGACGGGUGGCAUUGGUGCGGGAGUUGGGUGUGGAUUCUACAUACCUCAGAGGGUUCCCUCUUCCUUUAUAGAUAGUAUUGCCUAA